AUGGGGUGGAUACGGCGCUCGCAGCGCCCGCGAGCGUGGCGCAUCUUCGCCUCGCUGCUGCUCGGCCUCAGUCUCCUGCUGUUCAUGCACGCGUGCAGGCGGUUUCUCCGCGACCUUUCCGGAGCCGUUGUACCCAGCGUUACCGGCGCGCAGCACCUACAGUCGCCACGCAUGAUUGAAUUCUGGACGAAACUGCGCACGAACAUCGACGACCUGAUACCUCAAAUCGAGCCGAUCAAGUUGGCGCAGAAAGCCACGCCGGAGGACCAAGGCGUUGAUAUCGAGAUUGACCCAGAACACCCCCGUCUCGACCUCAUCAGGUUGCCCGAGGAUUCUCUCAGGGCGUUGCGGAGCAGCCAUGAUUCCAUGACUUUCGUUACGAGUAUACUGGCGCCCGAAUUACCGUAUGAAAGCAAGACGAGGGGGAUAGUCACUACAGGAGGUGGUGACUACUUCAAUAUAACCCUUAUCUCAUUACGCAUGCUUCGUCGAACCGGCUCCAGGCUUCCCGUGGUCGUAUUCAUCGACAAUGACAGUGACUACGACGAAUACAUCUGCGAACAGGUUUUCCGUCCACUCAAGGCGGAGUGCGUCAUACUCUCUGACCUUCUGGACAUGGCGCUACCGUCUUUGUCCUUAGGAAAAUACCAGUACAAGAUCUUCUCGGUGCUUUUCUCUCCGUUCCAGGAGGUUCUGUUCAUGGACGCCGACGCGUUUCCUGCUCACAAUCCCGAUAAGUUGUUCAGUUCUGAACCGUUCAAAUCGACCGGCAUGGUAACUUGGCCCGAUUUCUGGGCAAGCACAGCUAGCCCACUGUUUUAUGAUAUCUCACGUACAGAAACACCAAUGCUCGGGGUUCGGAAGUCUUCCGAAGCAGGAAUACUGAUGUACGACAAGGCGCGGCAUGCCCAUGAUCUGCUGUUGGCACUGUAUUACAACUACCUUGGCCCAAUGUGGUAUUACCCGCUACUUAGCCAGGGCGCUGAGGGCGAAGGCGAUAAAGAAACCUUUUUGCAUGCUGCCAUGGUGCUUGGCGCACCAUUCUACGAUGUAACAACACCGAUCCAUAUUAUGGGCCGCUGGGCGAACAAUACAUGGCACUCGACAGGCAUGAGGCAGGCAGAUCCAAGAGAUGAUUGGCGUUUACAUCAAGUGAGGAUGAGAUUAUCGCAGACAGCGCAGUCACGCACCAUGAAUGAGGGAAUGGAAGAUGAAUAUGGCGAAACAGAGAACGAGGACGGGGACAGAACUGACGCAGAACUGGCAAAGCCCUUGUUUAUUCACUGCAAUCUCCUGAAGCUCGAUAUCGGAAGGCUUCUCUCCCCGGACAGCGAGUUGUGGACAAGGAAUGGUACCGGGGUCUUGCAACGAAUAUGGAGAUUAGAUGAAGGCAUGCUCGGAUUUGGAUAUGACGUCGAAGAGGUUCUCUGGGAGGAGAUCGUUCUGACAGGGUGCGACUUGAUGGCCGCAAGCGAGUGUAGUCGGUUGCUAGAUAUUGCUGAAGAGAUUCUCGGCCACAAGCUCACGAAAAUUAUUCGGCGACUAGAGAGGCUGAAGCCUUUCGCCACAGAUAACUAG